UUCUAUUAAUAAAGUAUUUCAAGCAUUUAUCGUUAAAAAAUUAAUAUGAUUUAUGCACCGACGUAAGCUUACACGAUCGCCAAGCCGACUCGCUAUCACUGUUGUACAGUUCUACACCCUUCCGGUAGCCGCCAUUAAUUUCUUCUCGUACCUCAUAAUAUUCCUUCUCUCUUUAUGUACCCGUCUUCAUCAUUUAAUGUCACGUAAUAUCCAAAACCAUUUUCCUUCUUGACAACGAACAGAAGAAAAACACCGAUUUCAUACAUUCUCUUUACUCAACUUCAAGUAUGUCGGAUUCCUCAGGCGCCGUCGGCUCUGGUAAUACGGGGCAGCCCCGAAUGCAGAUGCUAAGAAUUAUGGUGUUGAUCGAGCCUUCCGUACAACCAGACUUCCCUUCACCUUUGGAAAAGCCUGGAUGGUUGCCGGCGUCAAAGGGAUCAAUAGACGCGAUGCCGAGAAUUCAGGUCACGGCGGCGGGAAGUGAGUGUGCUAUUUGCUUGGAGGCGUUCGAGGUUGGCGGAGAGUUAAGGGAGAUGCCCUGCAACCAUGGAUUCCAUUCGGGUUGCAUCGAGAACUGGCUGAAUAUGCAUGGGUCCUGCCCGAUUUGCCGCUUUAUUAUGCCUGCGGAGGAAGGAGAUGGAAGUGAUGCGGGGGAGGGCAAAGGACGGGUUUGAUGUUCUGGAUGAAUUUGCCCGUGGUUCUGGCUGGUAACUCCAUGGAAAUGGAUUCGGAUUCGGAUUCGGAUUCGGGCAGCCGAAAUGACCCGGAAGAAGCGGCCUCGGACUCGGACUCGGGUCGGAUGCAUAUAGA